AUGAGCAUAAAACGCUCAUUUCCUGGAGUUUGGGAGAUCCCGGUAAAUCAGUUCUACUACAGCCACAAGAACCAAACCAAUGUUGGAAGGCAUUCAUCAAUGCUUCGUGCAGUUGUGGAUCUGAAUGCAACAGUAGACGAACUUUAUAACCUGCUAUCGUUCAACUUUGAAAAAGCAUACUUUGGCAAUCGUGCGCCUUAUUUGUUGACGCUUACUGCCGACUUUUUGCAGCUAAACGCUCAAAACACCGGAAUGUUAGCUUUACAAAGGUUUUUGAAUCGCAUUACCACCAACAAGGAUGUGUACAUUGUCACAAUCAAGCAGCUGAUUGAAUGGAUGCAAGACCCAAGUCCGCUAUCACGAAUAUAUCAGUCUAAUGCUUUGCGAUGUACGCGUGGUCGAACACCGCGUACAAUGGGCGAUGGCUUAUGUGAACAGCCAAAUAAAUGUAUGUACCGAACGCCGGAUCUUAACAGUCCGGAGCACCAAUUUUUAACCUGUAAUCCGUGUCCUGAAUUAUAUCCGUGGGUGGAGAACCCAGCUGGUAAACUUCGGUUAUAAUG